UCCCCUGCCGUGGGCAGAAUGAAGGUCAAAGAUGUUUCAUUAUAUAUGAUUGAUGCUGCCAAGGAAAAUCCUCACUUAGCUCAAAAACUACAUGAUGUUUUACUUGAAAGUGAUGUCAUUGCUCCUCCAAAUUUAUUUUCUGAAAUUUAUCACGUGUUAUGCUCCCCAACUGAAGAAAAAGAUGAACACAAACCAGAAGGUGGACAAGAGACUCAGGUUGACGAGAAUCUCGGUCCUACUUUGCCUCACCACAGAGUUCAUCCGAAAGGAAGUUCAAGCAGCCAGCUGGAGCACUCUAAGCCUGUUGAAGGUUUAGGAAUAAACCUUCUUCUUGAUCCGAAGUUAGCAGCUGUACAACAUACACCAUCCCAGGUAACAUAUGGGAAAAAUGUUCCAGUUGCGGCAGCUGCACCAGCAGCUGCUGCUGUUGUUGCUUCCUCUAUGGUAGCUGCUGUAGCAAAGUCAAACACUGACUCAAACAUUGAGCUUCCAGUAGCUGCAGCGGCCACUGCAACUGCUGCAGCUGUAGUAGCAACCACUGCAUCUGUCAGCAAACUGUAUGAGCAAGGCAGUCGAAGUGAGGGACACAUGGAUGGCACUGGUUAUGAGCCGAAGGGUAGUGGUGAUGGUGAGAAUAUUGUGGUAGGAGCGAAUUCAGAAGGUGAUAGAAUAUCUGAUAGAUCUAUAGUAAGCAAUGACAGUACAAAAUCUGAUUUUACAUUUGAUGAUGUUGCCGAGUAUGACAUUCCGUUGGAGGAAAUCACACUGGGUGAACGUAUCGGACUUGGAUCGUAUGGGGAGGUAUACCGUGGUGAAUGGCGUGGAACAGAAGUUGCUGUAAAAAGAUUUCUUGAUGAAGAUAUAUCUGGUGAAUCACUUGAAGAAUUCAUAAGUCAGGUUCAAAUAAUGAAAAGACUGAGGCAUCCAAAUGUUGUUCUCUUCAUGGGAGCAGUUACUCGACGUCCGAAUCUUUCUAUUGUUACUGAAUUUCUUCCCAGCUAACUUAAGAUUCCUUAUUUCCUGAGAUUCAUAUGAGACUCUGUAUUCCAAAUAGAUCUUAGUAUAUGGUAUUUGGUACAGAAUAGUGCUAUGCAGGCCAAAAAGAUUACUUCUAAAUGAACAUCUAAAAUAUCUGAUGUAUGCUGUUAAUAGCUCAAAUGUCAAUUGAGACGUAAUAAGCAAAAAUAAGAUGAAAAUUUCAGUUAUUAUUUGGUUAAUUUAGACACAAUUUACCUUACUAUAUAUUGUGU